UUCACAAACCAAACACAGCAGCAAAACUGAGAAAUGAUGAAAGAACACAGAGCUUGCAAACCUCACUGCUUGGUCUUACCCUAUCCUGGCCAGGGCCAUUUUAACUCGAGUCCUCAGAUCUGCCAUCCUUUCUUUCUGAUUUUGGUUCUCACCCGACCGUUUAUAAAUUGGUUGUUGUGGAUCAGUUCUGCAAUAUUGACAAGGCUGAUUGGGUCUUCUGCAAUACAUUUUAUGAGUUGGAACAACAAGCAGUGGAUUGGAUGGCAAAGGUUUGGUCAAUGAAGCCCGUCGGACCAACUAUACCAUCUCAGUACUUAGAUAAGCGUCUUGAAGAUGAUAAAGACUAUGGUUUCAACAUGUUUACACCAAACAGCAGUGUCUGCAUAAAGUGGCUCAAUGAACAGACAAAGAGGUCUAUUGUGUAUGUGUCAUUUGGCAGCCGAGCAGAACUUGAGGCAGAACAAAUGGAGGAACUGGCUUUUGGAUUGAGAAGAAGCAAAAGAAAAUUCUUGUGGGUGAUUAGAGAAACAGAAGCAAGGAAGGUUCCAAAAGGGUUUUUGGAGGAGACAUCUGCGAAGGGUUUGGUGGUUUCCUGGUGUCCCCAAUUGGAGGUUUUGGCUCAUGAAGCAGUUGGAUGCUUCAUUACACUUUGUGGUUGGAACUAAUUGGAGGCUGUGAGUUUGGGGGUUCCAAUGGUUGCAAUGCCUCGAUGGACUGACCAAAGAACAAAUGCCAAGUUCAUUAUGGAUGUCUGGAAAGUUGGGAUCAAAGCUCAAGAUGAUCAGAAAGGGAUUGUGAGGCAAGAAGAAGUUGAGCAUUGUAUAAGGGAAAUAUUGGAGGGACAGAGCGGACAAGAAAUAAAAAGGAAUGCUAUAGCAUUGAAAGAAUUGGCUAGAAAUGCUGUGGAUGAAGGUGGAAGUUCUAACAAGAACAUUGAUGACUUCAUUGCAACUCUGGUUCAUCAGAAACUCAGUUGAUCGAUCAAGGAGCUGUUUUGAAGUGGUAUUCCCCAGUGUCAUUGUGAGAAGAGUGUUGGACAAAUUAAUGUGGUUCUGUCAUAAACUGUGCAAUGUGCAAUUUAAUCUGUAUUCCA